CCAACAUUCCACGCAUUAUUUCAGCUUCAUAUUGUGGCAGUGAGGUGGGCGAAUUCGAAAUAUAUGCGCCGUACAGUUAUUAUGGCAGCGAGGCAGGCGGUGAUGUAGCUACCGAUAUUAAUGACAGUGUAUGGGGCAUACCAUCGGCCAUCAAACAUCGUGCAAAGGCUACAAAUCGUUUGCGCAUGCGCAAAGGUCGCAGUGUUGUACACAAAACCAUAGAGGACAAUUACACCGCAGUGGUCGUGGCAAAUCACGAAGCCUUAGCACAGGUGCUCGAUCAGCUCCAACAGACCCCCGUCAUUCCACCCGCUCUGCGUCCCCUAGCCAACGCCAUUAAUUUACGCUUUGAGGAUUUCACCAUACUGGAUGGCGCGCAAGCAUUUGUUGUCGGCAAGAAAGCCUUCCAUGCGGCACUCUGGACCACAGCGCCCGUCACCUUGGCGCUUUCGGCAGACUGUAAUCAGCUUUCGGGUGUUGGCGGUGAAUUGAAUCAGCUAUCGGGUGGCGUCUGUGGUGUACUUAAUCCAAUUACGGAAUUCUGUGAUUUGGUGCCCAGCUAUCACUUGCCACUGAUGCCCUCCACAGCUGUGACCUUGUUACAGGCUACGAUUUCGGUACUGCCACGCUUGCAAUUGGACACGCUACAAUCGAUCGGCGCCAUACUCAAAGGCAAAUCGCAGCUGUUGGACAAAAGCAACUUCAAUUUCCGUGGUUCCAUACCGAAUUUGGCUGCUAGUGGAUUGAAGGAUAGCGCUACCAUAAAUACCUUACGGAAUGUGGUAUCUGUGCAAAAUCUGAGCACUUUGAACGAGGAGUCCUCGUUAGAGAAGUGUGGUAGCAGUUCGUUGGAGGCAGCCGGGGAUAGCGCUACAAUGCUGGGCAUGCCAGCAUUCGACGAUGUCAUGACACGUGAAGUGGCUUUUAUAAUGCUGCAGCUGGUGAAUGGCAUGAAGAAUUUGCAGGCUAAAGCGAUCGAAGAGAUGCCGCUGAGCUUAUCGAAUGUAGUUCUAUCCAAGGAUGUGGAGAAUAAGGAUGCGCAGGCACGUCUCUGCGUGUUACAAGGCAACAACAAUGACGAGGACGAACCCAUGGGUACACUCUGCAAAUGCGCACACAUCGCGCUCACCGAACUGCUGCCGCCAACUAAGGUUACGCCCAUUGUUGCCGAUAUAUUGUUGCAAGAACGCGCCGAAUCGCUAUCAAAAUCCAAAUCGGUACUGGAAUUUGUGCUUUGGGGUCCAUCAGAUGUGGUGCUUUCUGGUUCGACUAAAGAACGCGAACUUGCGUUGCAACGUUGGUUGGAUCUAGAACGUGCCACGGUUCUACACGGUCUAGUGCGCACGCGUGUCGAGCUAACUGUCUACGAUGAAUGCCAUUUGAUGUUCUUGGUGCGUUCAACAGCAAAAAUGAUGAAUGAUGCGGCCAAAAUUGUAUGCAACUAUCAGCAGCCAUUAGCCGAGCUGGGACAGCAACAACAGCAAGGGGAAUAAAGUGGUUAUUUUCAACUUGAGGGUGUUCGUUUGCAAUACGAGUUUAGGAUUUACAUAUGUAAUGUAUACUUAAGUAAUAGAGGUUUUCAUGAUGUAAAUAUUAGAACAGAGAAACAAAUUAUCUGCGUAGUAACGUUAAUGGGAAGCUUAGAAGUUUCGAAACUUUUUCUCUGGCCGGUUUUUUACAACUCGCUAAUCGAUUUCCAAAAUUCAAUUCAAGCAAAAUGUGCAUCCUAGCAAAAUUAAACCCACAGGCACUUUUCGAUUAGAUCGCAUAUUGUCGGUGAUACUGCAAUACGGUAUAUGGCGCCUGUUACACGAUCAAUACGGGUCGCGAUUGAUGGAUCUUAAAAUAUUGAUGAAUUGUGAGUGUGUGCUAAACAUUCAAUAUUUGUCGCGUCAGUAUUUGCAUAGUUUUUGUGCUGAACGCUUAUUAUGGCGCAAAAAAAAAAUAUUUUUAU